AUGCCCUCUAUCCUCAACGACGACGACAAAGACACCGUCAAGCGCUUCGUGCCCAAGCAGUCCAACAAGAUCCAGGCCGUCGCCGUCGCCAAGCUCUACGUUGCAUACCCCAAUCGCUCGAAAUGGACCUACUCGGGACUGCAGGGCGCUGUUGUGCUGGCCAACGACUUGGUCGGAAACACCUACUGGCUCAAGAUGGUGGAUAUUUCGCCCUCCAACCGCGGGGUCAUCUGGGACCAGGAAAUCUUCGAUUCAUGGAGCUACAACCAAGACCGAACCUUCUUCCAUACCUUUGAAUUGGAGGAAUGCCUUGCCGCCCUCAGCUUCGUCGACGAAAAAGAGGCCAAGCAGUUCAAAAAGAAAAUGGACGAGCGAGAAAAGAAUGCCAGCCGAGCCACGAAAGCAACGCCAUUUGGCGGAUCCAACCAUGCAGCGGGAGGAGGCCAAAAACACAGUCUGCUGGGAAACAUCUUCCACCGACAUUCAACGGUUUCCAUGAUGCCGGAUACUACAACCUCCAACCUGUCGGGCUUUUCUCACAACUCCGGCUCUUCGGUUAGCCUCAACGACGGCCGAGGCGGUUCUGAGUUUGCCCUCUUGGAUGCCUUUGAUCCCAUGUGGCGAGAGCAUUACGGCCAUGAUCUCAGUGACAAGGGGUUGACAGACGACUUUAUUAAGGACAACCAGGAGUUUAUUGUCGACUUCCUCAGAGAAGAACAGGCCAAGCUGAACAGAGAGGCAGCAGCAGCGCCGCCGCCCGCACCGCCCGCUCCUCCUGCCCCUCCCGCGCUGCCUUCGCCUUCGACCAACGGCCAUGCCGUGAGGGCGCCUCCUCCUCCUCCGCCUGCGUCUGCUCCUGCGGCCGCUUCUCCCAUCCCCGGUUCACCCAAUGCCAAGAGGGCCGGGCCGCCUCCUCCUCCGGCUCCCCGGCGGUCGGGCGGCAAGGUUGACGGUGAUCCCAGCCCACCAAGGGCACCAUCUCCUCCUCGGCCACGAUUCAACGCUCCGCCACCCCUGCCCGACGCAGGCAAGUUUGCGCAUCCAGUCGUCGAGAGGAAGAAGCCCGUGCCUGCUGCUGCUCCGUCCGUCCCCGGACCUCCGCCUCCUCCUCGAGUACCCGCCAAAACGCCUCUCGAGCCCGAAGACCAGCAUCACAGGUUCAAUGUCCCGCCUCCAUUCACCGGCCAACGCGCCCCUGCGCCUCCAAGUCGCGGGCCCGUCCCUCCUCCGCCUCCUCCUCGAGGCAGCGAUGCCAGUGCACCGGCUCCCGUGGCCCUCCCUCCACCUCUCCCUCCAAAGGUACCAACUUCGAGCGCUCCUCCACUGCCACCUCCGAGUGCCCGGCCAGUCCCUCCUCCGCCAGCAGCCAUUCACGUACCGCCGCCCCCUCCUCCCAUGCCGGUAGCCAGCAGCAUUCCAGCUCCUCCUCUGCCUCCGCCGAUGCCAUCACCAAGAUUGCCUCCUCCGUUGCCCUCGGUCAGCGCUCCUCCCUCGGUACCGCCGCCGCCGCCGUUGCCUUCACCAGGGGCUGGAAGCGCUCCUCCUCCACCACCUCCACCACCUCCUAUGCCUGUCGCCAGCGCUGCGCAUCCACCUCCACCUCCUCCCGGACCUCCCCCGAUCCCGGGAGCUGGCAGUGCACCUCCAGCACCGCCGCCGCCUCCACCACCCGGUCCCCCGCCAAUCCCAGGGGCCGGAAGCGCUCCUCCUCCCCCACCCCCUCCGCCAUUCCCUUCGGCAGCAGGCGUCCCUCCCCCUCCCCCUCCCCCUCCGGCAAUGCCAGAUCGAGAUUCUGGAUAUUCAUCAGGACCUACGGCGCCUCUUCCCAAAGCGGAUGGUGGGCGUGUGUCUCUCCUUGGAGAUAUUCAAAAAGCAGGAGGCAUUGGAUCACUUAAGAAGGUCGACAGAAGCAAGAUCAACGACCGCAGUGCGGCGUCUGUUGGAGGAGCUUCCGGUUCGGGCGGUGGAGCUGCACCUAGCCCUGCAGCUGGUGGUGGCAUGGCGAAUGCCCUGGCAGCAGCUUUACAAAAGAGAAAGGAUAAAGUCAGCAAGAGUGACGAUGAAGAGGAAGACGAUGACUGGUAA